GGAGGGACGAGGUUUGGAAAGCCUGUUGAUCCAUUUUAUUUCUAACGAAAUUUUCUUGGCCAACGGAAAAGUCUCUGGUUUUGGGGGGAAAAGGUGGAUUUUCGGGUUCCUGCUCAGUCCUGGGUGAUGUUUUACACGACAAACACGUGAAAAGGGCUAUUGGUUUUAACCGUUUUUUUUUUUUUUUGCGCAUUCGGGAUAAGUUUUCAAGCGAGCAGGACUUUUUGGGACGAGCUGCUGAGGAGGAGACCAUGGACUGGGGAACGGAACUGUGGGACCAAAAUGAUGUCCUAGAGAAGCACACACAGUCAGGCCUGGACCUGGUGGACAAAUACAUAAAGUUUGUGAAGGAGCGCACAGAGAUCGAGCAAAGCUACGCCAAACAGCUACGGAACCUAACAAAGAAGUACAGCCCCAAACGAGGCAGCAAGGAGGAGCAUGAAUGCAGGUUUUCGAACCACCAGGCUUUCCUGGACAUUCUCAACGAGAUGAACGACUACGCAGGACAGAGGGAGCUGAUCGCCGAGAACAUGAUGAUGAACAUCUGUAUAGAGCUCAGCAAAUACCUGCAGGAGCUCAAAUUGGAGCGCAAGUCGCAUCUGUCAGAGGCCAAAAAGGCUCAGCAGACAUUGGAGAGCACCUACAAGCAGCUCGACAAUAGUAAAAAGCGCUUCGAGAGGGAGUGGAAGGAGGCGGAGAAGGCUGCAAUGUACGCAGAAAAAACAGAUCAGGAUAUCAACGCUACAAAAGCAGAUGUGGAAAAGGCUAAGCAGCAUGCUCAUAUGCGUAUGCACAUAGCAGAAGAGUGUAAGAAUGACUACGCUGCCCAGCUGCAGAAAUACAACAAGGAGCAGAACCACUUCUACUUCGCUGACAUGCCACAGAUAUUCAAUAAGCUGCAGGACAUGGACGAGAGGCGUGUGCGGAAGCUAUCACAAACCUACAUCCUGUUUGGAGAUACGGAAAGACAAGUCAUGCCCAUCAUCGGGAAGUGUCUGGAGGGCAUCACCAGAGCUGGCACCAAUGUUAACGAGAAGAACGACUCCAUGGUUCUUAUAGAGCAGCACAAAUCAGGUUUUGAGCGUCCUGGCGAUCUGGAGUUUGAGGACUACAGUCAAGGCAUCAACCGGGCCUCUUCUGACAGCAGUCUGGGUACACCUAAAGGCCCUCUGGAUCUGCUGGGCAAAAACAAAAGCAAACCUUUCUGGCUGUUCAGCAAGAAGAGCAAGCCUUCCUCCUCCUCCCCACUCACGCCUUUCUCCACACCGCCCGCCCCCUCACCCGCUAACGGACCCCCCUCCCCCAAGUUUGCCCGGGAUCCCCUGUCCUACUGUUUGAAGGAGAUCAAUAAGACAGUCAAGCCACGAAUCUCAUCCUUCCGGACUCUCCGCAGAACGAAAUAUACCCUGGAGAGGAUCACGCCGGCUGCCACAGAGGAUUUUGGUCAUCUUCCUCCGGAGCAGAGGAGGAAAAGGCUUCAGCAGAAGAUCGAUGACAUCAGCAAGGAGCUGCAGAAGGAACUAGACCAAAGCGAGGCUCUUGGGAAGAUGAAAGACGUUUAUGAGAAAAAUCCCCAGAUGGGUGACCCUGCAAGCCUGGCUCCGCAAAUCACACAGACUACCCAGAACAUCGAAAAGCUCAGAGGGGAACUUAACAAAUACGAGUCAUGGCUCGCAGGAGCCGGGGGACGAGGAGACCCGACUCUUCGUUACUCCACUCACUCUCUAAACAACAACGGUGGCCACAAUGCAUACAGUCCUGAUGGUGCACAUUCGGACGAAAGCACCCCCGACCCCUCUCAGGCCAUUUACGCAGAGUUUGAUGAUGACUUUGAGGAGGAGGAGCUCUCCAAUCCCAUCGGCCAGUGCACAGCUCUGUACAACUUCCCAGGCUCGAGUGAAGGCACGAUCUCCAUGCAGGAGGGUGAGGUCUUGGCCGUGGUGGAGGAGGACAAAGGCGACGGAUGGACACGGGUGAGGCGGAACAACGGCGACGAAGGCUACAUCCCCACUUCCUACGCCAACAUCGCACUCAACAAGUGACCCACACAGCACCGUCCCCGACACGAGGAGCAGCUCCUCAUCAUCUUGGCAUAUCAUUUGGCACAGACACUGCAAAGAGUGAAAGUUCGAGAGAAGGAGAGUAGAAGAUAGAUAGGAACCUGCUAUGCAUCUGACAGAUUCCCAUCAGGUCAGCCUGAAAGAGCAUGGGAAUGUUGUUAGGUUUUUCCUUUUUUUUUUAUCUCCUCCCCCACCUCCUUGUUCUCCUCUUCCUUCUCGUCCUCGUCUAGACGCCCGUGUUGCAGCGAGCACUUGUAUGUUCGAAAUGCCGUCCGGGGUCUCGCUCGGCCUGUGAGACAUCAGCCUUCUGCCAUCAUCAAAUAAAGACCAACCACAGGAGGAGGUUUCAGUGCUGUAGACGAGCAAGUCAGACGCCUACAGCACACAUUUUUGCCAAUUGUGUAUGUGUAUGUGGAGAGAAUGAGAAAACAAGAAGCAAUUGUAAGUCUGGUGCUAGCAGGAGGAGGAACUUAGUCAGUCAUAACACUUUGCUUUUCACUGUCCUCAUCAGAAUCCUGUUAUUCCUCGGCCUCCACGUUUCGACUUUUCUUUUUAAUGGACAGCACAAAGACCAAACGAGCAUCAAUCCUCCUCAAACACUUGCCUGUAUGCGCAUGGACCGAGUGUGUGUAUGUAUGUUUGAGAGAGUGUGCCGUAUGAACCAUUUAAUACAGUUUAACCCUUUUUUGUUUUAGAAAUAUAUAUAUUUUUCUUCCUAAAAUUUAAACGCUACACACACACACACACACACACACACACAUUCUCUAGUACAAAGCUUUUAAGACAAUCACUAUAUACAGAUAUACAUUGAAUUGAAUUAUGUUGGAUUUUUUUGUUGUUGUUUUUGUUUUUUUAAACAAACCCUGGCUGCAUAUUACACAAAUACGAUAAUGCUUGAAAAAUUAUAAUUUAUUGUUUGUGUGGUCACAUUUGUACAAGUUGUAAUGGCACACACACACACACACACACACACACACACACACACACUGCAAAAUCACAGUUUAUCAGCAGCUAAGGUAUAAAUAAAAAAGGAAAACUACAAAAAAAGAUGUGGCACGUUUAAGUAUUUAUAUAUGUAUUAAAAAAAUAAUAUAUUUUAGAUUUAAAACAUUUUUUUUGGGUCUUAUUUUCAGGAAUAAAGAUUGUGCAGCCUCAGCUCA